UGCGUAGGCAGUCAGGGUAAAGGUGGUCGGUUUGAUAAACAUGCCAGCUGUACAAAAGCUUUAUAAUGCCUGUAAAGCAUCACUUUCUACUAAUGGACCCAUGUCAGAAGAUGCUCUCGAGAAAGUCCGUUCCCUCUUAGAGAAAAUCAAGCCUUCUGAUGUAGGUCUUGAGCAGGAGGCACAACUUGUCAAGAGUUGGAAAGGUACCAUGCAUGAGCGUAAUGGGGGUGUACGGUCGGUCCCACCAAUCAGAUACCUACACUUGCAUGAAUGUGAGAGCUUCACUAUGGGAAUAUUCUGCAUGCCACCUUCUUCAAUCAUUCCUUUACAUAACCACCCUGGGAUGACCGUUUUAAGUAAGCUUAUAUAUGGUUCCUUACAUGUGAAAGCCUAUGAUUGGAUCGAUAGUCCAGGGCCUUCAUUUCCACCCGAAGGUGCAAGACCAGCCAAACUUUUUAAAGAUUGUGAGAUGACAGCUCCAUGUGGGACAACUACUCUGUAUCCGACAAAUGGAGGCAAUAUUCAUUGUUUCAAAGCUAUAACCCCUUGUGCUAUUUUUGAUAUCCUUUCUCCACCUUACUCUGCUGAUGAUGGACGUCAUUGCACUUAUUUCCGAAGGUCUCCUCGAGGUGAUCUACCAGGUGAGCUCGAGGUUGAGGGGGAGAUAUUCUCAAAGGUGACUUGGUUGGAAGAGUUUCAACCUCCUGAUGACUUUGUCAUCCAUCGAGGACAAUACAAGGGUCGUGCCAUCAAACCUUAGAGGAUGAUUCAUUUUCGGUUCUUUCGAUCAACUUUUUGAACGCAGUGAUUAGUUAAUUUGGGCAUUAUUGAGGUGAAUUUGUAUUAUGUCUAGACAAUGUGGAAAUAAUGACUGGUGUUUUCUAGAGAAUAGGCCAUUUCUUAUGUACAUAUCUAUAUACCAUAUAUUAAUUUACUGAUCUCACCUUAAUUUAUGCUUUUAAACUGA